AAAGAGAGCAGAAAUUACAAAAAAAAAAAAGAGAGAGAGAAAAGAAAAGCAAAUCGACGCGAAGAAAUAAGGGCAAAGCCGCCGACGCGAGAGCCAGCCCAUCCGCCUCACCACCUCCCGUCCCUCUUCCGCUCCAAAUCCAACCCUCCCCUCGGCCGCUCCGCUUGCGCCGCCGCCGCCGCCACCGGAGCGACGGCGAGGGAGGGAGUGGGGAGAAGCAGGAGGAAACCCCAAACCGUCCCGAUCUCGGGGUCGGGAACCCGCCGCCGGCUUUUCCGCUCGUUCGUCCGUCCGUCGAUCGCCCGCCCCACCCUAUCUAGGGUUUCCCGCGCUGUAGAUCGGAUCGGUUCGGAUUGGUUGCUUGGGUUUGGAGAGUAAUGAUGGGGUCGAGGCGAUCCAGGCGCGUUUCAUGGGCCUCCGGAGGCAAUCUCUGCAAGGUAAGGCUUUUCCUGUCAGAGGAUUCCCCCUCUCAAGCUGGAUUAAGACCGCAGGAUAAUCUCCAAGCAAAAGGCUCAUGGUUACUGCAUGCAGCUGGCCCAAGCUCAGAUGAUUCCUUGCCUCCAGGCUUUGAGUCAUUGCCGCCAAGCAAUGACCUCAAAAUUGACAUGUCUCAAAUCCCCCUAAUUAGGUGGAAAUGCCCCCCACAUAUAGUAUUGGAGCAGGAUUGGCAUAUUGUUGCUGGAGAAGAAAGUAGGGAGAUUGAAAUUCAAAAUGAGAGAAUAAAUGGAGCGCUUGAGGCAAUUUACCCACGUCCAUCGAACAUUCCGCCAAACCCAUUUCUUUCUCUUGAUGUGAAAGAUGCCCAUUAUGACGAUUCCAAAACCCUGUUGGUUCCUUUGAUCCCUCUUGAAGAUGAUGAUGCAUCUGAUCAAUUGGAAGGACCAACCCUUGAUCUACCAAGCCAUUACAACAUAACAGGAGUUUCAAAUACUCCUGUUUCCGCUGAGCAACAACCACCAUGUGGUGGUGCUAUAAGUUCUGGAUUCACCAUUGAGCCUCAGGCUGCAGUCUCAGCAACAGUCACUGCAAUUAUGCAAACCAUACAGAGUAAUCAAAAUGGGAGCAUGGCUGACCAAAACGGGAGCACGAUUGACCAGGAACUACUCUUCAAAAUACUAAGUGAUCCUUCACAGCUUCAGAGGUUAAUGAAAGAAUGUGGCCCAGUCAGACAUGAACAAUCAGCUAGUAGUUCUGUUGUUGCCCCAUUGGUAUCAAUCCCACCACCCCAAAUAACUGCAAGCUCUCCUGCCCCCUUCUCUGAUCAUGUCGGAACCUUUCAUGGCAUGAAUCCUACCCUGCCGCCUCCACCACCAAUGAUGAAUCGGCCACCUUCAACCAUUCCUUCAGUUGCUAUGAAUCAUCCACCAAGUUCAAGCCCAGCAAUGAACUUUGGAAGUGCCCUGCCAAGUUCAAGCCCAUCAGUGAACUUUGGAAGUGUUCCAGGGAGGGGUGUCGGCUAUUAUAAAACCCUCAUCCAUCAGCAUGGAGGGGAGAGACUGGAACAACCAUUUGAGCAGCAUGGAAUGCAGUUUGGUAUGUACCGCCAACCUGGUCCUCCACAAAAUGGCGGUAUUGAUGCCAUGAACGGUGCUGCUGCUAUGGUGAGCAGAGAUGGCAAGGUGAGGCCGAUGAAACCGUGUGCAUACUUUAACAGCCCGAAGGGUUGUCGAAAUGGUGCUAGUUGCACAUUCCUACAUGAUGCGUCAGCCCCAACAAGAAAAGAUCAUCAGAAGCAAAAGGGAUCAAAAAGGAUAAAAUUAGACAACACAAUGGGCGGUCGAAAUUGAGCUGAAGCCGCCAUUUAAUUUUUGACUGUUCUUUGGUUCAUCUAUCAUGGAUCAGUAAAUAUUACUCCGUUAGCUCUUCCAUUAGCCUCCUUUUUUAUGUUCGUCGAGGAGAGGAGAUGUUCUGAAAGAAAGCAAAAUAUUUCAUGAUUGAUUGGUGCUCAAAUUUUUACUGAAUCAAGUUCGAGCUCGAUAUCUUGUUCUGAAUUCA